AUGAAGGAUAGGCCAGCAUACGAACUAAAGACUUUUAUUCGACUUUACAACAUUUUUCAAGUCGUUGCAAAUGCUUAUAUAGUAUACGAAAUUUUCCAAGUUUAUCCCGACGCGACAGCAUUGCGAUGUGUAACAGGGGAUUAUUCCUGGAAUCCAGAUGCAAUAAGAGCAGCAAGGACCAUCUAUUAUACAGCAAUAUUAAAAGUAAUUGACCUCAUCGAAACAGGAAUUUUUGUCCUCCGCAAAAAGAAGAACCAAAUCUCCUUUUUACACGUCUAUCAUCACAUAAGUACAGUAUUAUUUGUUUUAAUAUUCGCUAGAUAUUUUGCUGCAGGAAUGGCACUCUUUUAUCCUGCCAUAAAUGGUUCCGUACAUGUACUAAUUUAUAUGUCUCCCGACUCGUCACUUCACACAGCAGCAAAAGACAAUCGAGUCGAGAAAAUCACUUUACUAUAA